CUUAAUCGCAAUGUUGUGUAAAAAGCAUAAGCUACUGUGUCCACCACACCUGGUCCUGAAGAGCUGGCAUCAUCAUUUAGCGACGACGCUGUCGCUGCAAAAUAAAAUGAAAUCAAAAGACGACGAAAAGUACCGCGUGGAAAAAGACACCUUUGGCGAGCUGAAAGUGCCAGCCGAUAGGCUCUACGGCGCACAGACUAUGCGCUCGGUGCUCAACUUUCCCAUAGGCAACAUAGGCGAACGUAUGCCGAAACCGGUCGUUCAAGCCAUGGGCAUUUUGAAAAAGGCAUGUGCGAAUGUUAAUAAAGAUUUUGGCAUGGAUCCCAAGAUAGCAGAUGCUGUGGCAAAUGCCUGCGAUGAUGUUAUCUCUGGCAAACACUAUGCCGCGGGACACUUUCCGCUGGUCAUCUGGCAGACGGGCUCCGGCACACAGACAAAUAUGAACACCAACGAGGUGAUUAGCAAUGCAGCCAUCAAGGCGAUGGGCGGCGAACUGGGCUCCAAGAAACCCGUACAUCCUAACGACCAUGUGAACAAGUCGCAAAGCUCCAACGAUACCUUUCCAGCCGCCUCGCACAUCUCUGUCGCUUUAGAGCUCAAUAAGCGUCUCAAACCAUCCAUUUCAUAUUUGCGGGACGCCCUGCAUUGCAAAGCGGUUGAUUACAAGGACAUCAUUAAGAUCGGUCGCACUCAUCUGAUGGAUGCCGUGCCCAUGACACUGGGCCAGGAGUUCAGCGGCUAUGCUCAACAGCUAACGAAUGGGCUGGCACGCAUCGAUGCGUGUCUGCCUCGCGUCUAUGAGCUGGCCCUGGGAGGUACGGCCGUCGGCACUGGCCUCAAUACCCCCAAAGGUUUUGCAGAGAAGGUAUCAGCUCGCAUCGCCGAACUAACCAGCUUGCCUUUUGUCACAGCGCCCAAUUUCUUUGAAGCUCUAGCUGCUCGAGAUGCCAUGGUCGAAGUGCAUGGCGUACUGAACACCAUUGCCGUCAGCCUCAUGAAGAUUGCUAAUGACAUUCGGUUUUUAGGAUCGGGACCGCGUUGCGGCUUGGGUGAGCUCUCACUGCCAGAGAACGAGCCGGGCAGCUCCAUAAUGCCGGGCAAGGUGAAUCCCACACAGUGUGAAUCCUUAACUAUGAUAUGUGCACAGGUGAUGGGUAACCAGGUAGCUGUAACAGUAGGCGGUGCAUUUGGGCACUUCGAACUGAACGUAUUUAAGCCCUUAAUUGUGUCCAAUGUCCUGCGUUCUAUACGCUUGCUCGCGGAUGGUAGCGUCAAUUUUAGCAAGAACUGUGUGGAAGGUAUUCAGCCGAAUCAUGAGCGCAUUGCCAAGAUCAUGAACGAGUCUCUGAUGUUGGUAACGGCUCUUAAUCCCCACAUCGGAUAUGACAAGGCAGCGGCUAUAGCCAAGACGGCGCAUAAGAAUGGUACCACGCUAAAACAGGAAGCCCUCAAGGCUGGCAUCACCGAGCAACAAUUUAAAGAAUGGGUAGACCCUAAGAAAAUGUUGGGCCCCAAGUAAAUGUAUGACUUUUAUCGACUACUUUUAUAAAUACAUUUGAAUAAAAUGAUGACUGACCAUAUCGAC